AUCAAAGCUCCAAAAUGGCUACAUCUCAGUUUGGGAAAUAGGGCAAAUCAGGCCGAGAACCUCUAUCUCAAGUAUAUACAAGACUUGUAGGAGUGGGAUUGCGUUUUGAUCGAGUAGGACUCGGCUCCGGUCCCAUUUUUAAGAGGAGUCCUACUGGGCGCAGUCCCAUCAUGAUCAGCGGAGGGGGAUUGAUAUUCCCUGGUGAUUGAAGUCCAGUGACAUCCGACAGCACAGCUGAUGUUGAAGACUACACUAGAAUACAAUCCAAAUCUUCAACCCUAUACUUUGUGGCGCUUAUUAUUUGAAGCCGCUUCGAUGAAGGGAGGAUUCUGUUUAAUAUUUUCAUGUGCUCAUGUCCAACGCAGACUGCGGCGUUUCGGAAUGUGGUGCUAUACAGGCCAGGCAACCGGAGCCACGUGGAUUGUGUCGCAGACAAUACCGCGCAGUGGAGAUACGACCAGUAGCGAUCACCUAAAGACACAGAGUCUCAGCGAGUGUAAGACACAGGAGCUAUACAUUAGCUGUACCUAAAGACACAGAGUCUGUGGUACAAGUCAUAAGUAAGGGUCAUUAGAUCGUAAGGGAGAAUGCAUACCUCAG